UGUAAAGGUAAACAACGAUUAUAUUUGUGAUGAAUAUAAAUGCACACAACGUCGUAGUCGUCCCAGAGACAUCUGAUAAGAGCAGAUAAUCCCACUUUAAAACAUUUGACUCACCGAUCACCUAAUCUCAGAUGAUGAAACAAAGAAAAGCCAGCGAUGAGGCGGACUCUUCUACUUCGCUGUACUUGCCAGAUCAAAUGCAUAAAACAGAAAAGAUCCCAAGAAAACUAAAAGCUUGGCGUCACAAACAAAAUCGACUGUGUGGCGAACAAUACGUUGAUCACAAGACGGAAAUGAAAGGAAUUAUAUUUCAUUACGGAUUGUUUAAGAUCGUAUGGGAUUGGUUCGUCCUUCUUCUUGUACUUUAUACAGCUAUUGAGGUGCCUUUUCUGAUCGCCUUUAUUGUACAGAAUGAAAAUAGCGAGGAGUCUUCAAAUUUGUCAAGUUAUUUGUCAAGUGGUAAAGCUACAGCAACUUUAGUUGUGGUUGAUCUGUGUGUGGAUUUAUUCUUCUUCUGUGAUAUUGUUGUGAAUUUUCGUACAACAUACAUUGGAAAAAACGACGCUUUGGUAACGGAUCCGAAGAAGAUUGCUUUACGUUAUUUGAGAACGUAUUUUAUUGUUGAUUUUGUCGCCGCUAUACCCUGGGAUAUCAUUGCUGUGCCAGCCCAUGAGAGUACAACUUCACUGAGCCUCCUUAAAACAGUUCGUCUUCUCCGUUUGUUCCAAGCCGCGAGAAGAUUGGAUCAAAAUUACGAGAAAAGCGUUUCGUUGUUGUUCCUUAUGGUGUUUGCGUUCUCGCUGGUCGCUCAUUGGUUGGCUUGUAUUUGGUACACUAUCGGUUACAGUGAAAACAAGAGAUCAAUCCCAAACUCAUGGCUGACAGAGCUUGCAAUUAACAACGAAGAACCGUUUAAUAAAACGGCAGGUUUAUAUGGGCCAUCAUUGAGAGCACGCUAUCUCACCUCGCUUUAUUUCACACUAACAUGUUUAACAAGUGUUGGAUUUGGAAACGUGUCGGCAAACACCGAUUUUGAGAAACUUUUUACCAUUCUCAGUAUGUUGAUUGGAGCGUUGCUGUUUGCUGCUGUAUUUGGUAAUGUUUCAGCGAUAAUUUAUGGUCAUUAUUCUGGAACAUUCAAGUUCAGAGAACGAAUGCAAUCUGUCAAAUACUUUCUUGGAUUUCAUAAAAUCAAAGGUCCUCUAGCACGUAAAGUGAAAGAUUAUGCUCGACACAUGUGGACACAGACGAAAGGAAUUUCAACAAUGAAGGUAAUGAAACAGUUUCCGAAAAAUCUUCAAGAGGAAAUCAGUUGUUAUCUGCAUUUCAAUGUAAUCAAGAAUUGCCCAUUGUUUGAAAGUGCAGAGGAAAGUUUCUUAUGGAGUUUAGCCACACGAAUGAUUCGGCUUCAUCAUCUUCCUAAUAACAUCAUCAUAAGACAAGGUUCGAUUGUAGAAUCUAUUUAUUUCAUCAACCGAGGGAGACUGGACGUUUGUCGAAACGAAAUCGUGGUUGGGACUCUUGGUGAAGGUGACGCUUUCGGUAAUUUGAAUUUAACACCAAACAGUGGAGUACAUAAAUCAGCUGUGAUGUUGCGUUGUUCUUGUUGCGUUGAUAUCCAUAUUUUGAAUGUCAGCGAUCUCAAAGAAGUGUUACGAAUUUUCCCCAAAUUUAGCAAGAAUCUAAGGCAGAAAACGAGUACAAUUAUGAAAAAGACAGUUCUCACCAGCCAGAUCCUAAGUUCAUGGGAUGCGAUGGAACUUGAGGAUACGUGUUCUGAACACCAAAGCUUACAUCUCUUUACCACGUGGCUUGGAAGACAAAGGGUAAAACGAAACUGUGGCGCGCAUGGGCACGAAAGCCAGUUUUCCAAAAAAAAGAGCAAGAAAGGAGGAAUAAAUGAAACAUUAGUCACACUUCCGUUGUGUGUUCUAAAUUCAACCUGCAGCUCUAGUGAUGAUGUUCAAAAACGCUGGAGGUUUGCUAACAUCAUUGAAAGCAGUAAAGGGGAACAAAUCAAUGGUUUAUUACUUGGAAAUCCGAAUAAUGGAAAAAUAGAUGAGAACCAUUCCGACGAUGCCUUUACAGACGUCAGUGAACAACGUAACUCGGCGAACGAACAAAGUGAGUCUCUUUGUCAUCACAGAAGAUGUCGAAAUACUUCACAUAAGCGCCAGUGUGAUGACGAAAUUGCAAAAAACAGAGAUUCAGGAGAAUCAAUAACGGACAGUUUGCGUCAUUCUCGAUGUUGCGAUCUUAAUGAAAUACCAUCCGAUGACGAUAAUGAAAAUGGUCACACAAAACUUGAAACAACCAUUCAUGAUAUGAACGAAAAGUUACAAAUUCUUGAGAAAAAAAUGGAUGCAAUACUUGCUUUUGUAGAACAACAAAACACCUCGACGAACUGUUAAAAAGGUUACAUAGUAUACGAACCGACAAUCAUGCAAGACUGGUACCGAGUACAGAAAUCAUCCGCAUGCAUUAUACACGAGAAAAUCUCCGAGACAGAUAAAGUGAUGUCGAUAAAUAUCGAGACAAAUUCAAAUUUAAACAGCAAGAAUAGGAUUAGAUAAACAUAGCUAGAUGGCCUAGCUGGAUAGCAUUGGUAUAAUUUUGGUUCUAGUUUAUUUCAUAAGCAACACAGUUGCAGAGAAAGUUCACACAGGUCAGGGUUUUUAAGACGUUUUUCAGAAAAUUCAUGAAAACGCUGAGACAAAACGCAGCCGUAAAUUUUUUUAAUCCAUGGCCGCUUACCCGAACAUUUCCGAAAAUUAAUUCUGUGGACUUCUAAGUUUCUUGUUUGCAAAUUCAAGAGUUUUCAGGGGGGGAUAACUUCUGCUUUUUAACAUGCAACCUCGUAUAAUCGAGUUCAAUUACUCGCACAUGCGCAUACAUGCAUGAUGAUAAAAACAAUGAGAACGAUAACACGUGACACUCAGCUUAGUCGUAUUGUAACAGUAUUGGUUAGUCUAGCUUUUGCAUCAAACAUAUAUAUUAAUAUUUAUUACAGAUGGGUUCCAUUUGUAUAUAUAUACUGUAUAUACAU